AGUCUAGUGAAGAACUAUGAAACAAGCGAUGGGCGAUGGCGUGGACUAUCAAACUAUCUAGUAUCUACCGCGCUUUGUCUGCAAUCUGCUGGCUAUCUAUCUAUUCUCGCGGCACCCAAGACGAGAAGUCCGCCCCCAAGACGACUGCCAUCCUAACCCAGGUCAGAUCUGGUUUCCUGACCCGGUGCAGUAAUAGUCUCCAAAAAAUCCGAUAAUGUAGAAUGCAGA